CAGCGGCAUAGGGUUCCACAAAGCUUACGGUACCGCAUGCACUCUGAAACAGAGCAACCAUCAAUGAAGAACCCACCAGAACGCCACCCACACUACACCGCUCAUGCCACCCACAAAGGCCGUGUUCAUGGCUCAGAUACUUUGUCGUUGAACACAUAGACCGAUGCUGGUGAUGUGGUAGACUACUAGCUAGCUAGAGCUAGUACGUGUAGAUCCUCGGAUACCCCUGCAUCGAUUUCUUUGGUAUUCAUUCGCGAAGAAUGGUGGGGAUAACCUUUCCCAGACCAGUAGGUCCAUAUGCAGAUACCAAAGAGUUGGAAUAUAUAUCCGCACUACUUCAGACAGGACAAGUGCUAAGGGAAGAUGGGACCAUUCAAGCCCAAGAUAUUAUGCACUUUUUGAGCAGUCGCCAUGGGAUUCGUGUCGACGAGGAUGUGGUACGCCAAGCCAUGAUUCUCGAAUUGGCGGGGUCCUUCGCCCCACCGCCUCUGCAUCGCCGAAACAAACAAAACGAGGAUACUUCCAACCGCACUGCCUUUAUGGAUGAACCAGAGCCUUACAAUCAACAACCACAACAACAGCAACCACCAGAAGAAGCAGAAACCAAAGGAUCCCUCUUGGCACCACUGUUUGGAAAGAAGAAGAAACAAGAAGAAGAAAAAGCGGAAGAGGAACUACAAGAUCCCGAACCGGUGUUGGACCUCUGUCAACUCUUGGCAUUGCUCCUCAUUCCAUUCUUGAGAGCUGGAAAUGAUCUAUUGGAUAGCGCGCAACAAUCCAUGCCAGGGUUGAUAGGGUUUGGUCUUUCCAAGCGAAAACGGCACAAACAGGAGGAAGAACAAGACAAUGAAGAGCUGCUGGGGCAUGUUCUAGACAUGGCGCUGCAAAAUAUUCUAGGGGAACUACGAAACGACAAUCUGAGUCAGCAUCAUCAUUAUCAACACCAACCGCCACAAUACGGUGGAAUUGAAAACAAGGGAGUUCUUAUUGACGUCGAUCGGUUACGUGAUAUUAUGGAACUCUUUGGGGAAUACAAUCUACCACGAUCCCUCUUGGAAGAAAUGAUUGAUAUGGUAGAAGACUACAUGGAAUAUGACGACGAUGCAGGGAUCGAGGCCGGCGGUGGGGCCUUUCAUAACCGACAAGCCUUUCUCAACAAGGCCAGCUUUCUGCACGCCCUAACGUCAGAUACUCAACUCUACGAUCCUUCACACGUGGACAAUCAUUCCAAACCGACAACUCACUUUGACGAUGCCCGAAGAGCGCGAGAAUACCAACAAAUAGCCAUGUAUGGCAAGCUGGGGAAAAGUGGCCGUCGGAGGUUUCGACGAGGAAACAACGGAGGAGGAGGACGACGAUCGUCCAUCUUUAAGCCAUCAUCUAAAGUCUCAACCAAUAACAAUCACCUCGAAUUUCAACAAGUCUAUACCGCUGCCAAUAUCGACAACAAUGCCGACACGUACCGAUCGACAGGAUGGUUCACACUCGUUUGGGUCGAGACUGUUCUACUCUACUUUGCCUAUCUGACUAGUUCCACUUGGAAUGUCGAUGACGUGCACUGGAUGGAUGGUUGCACCAACGAGUUUGGCUGCGCCAUUGCCGUGUCAUUGAUCAAUUGGACAGUCAUCUUCUUCCAACUAAUGAUUAUGGGAUUGACAUGGGUCUUCAUUUCCACGCUGGGCAAUGCGGCCACCAAUCCUACAGAAGAAUUGAAGCAAAAACUAUACACGUCCUUGAGAAUUGCGCUUGGAAUGGCAUUGGUGGCUUCCAUCACGGCCGUUACGUUCUUUCGUGAACACGAGUCGUAUUUUUGGGACACAACCAAGAAUUCCCAGGAUGAACCGGCUUACUAUUCUGCCUUUAUCGUUGGAUGCCUCAUUAUGUCGUUCCAGAUGCUUCGGCUGGUGGGCCUCUACGUAAACUUGGGGCCUCUGGGAAACUCGGGCAUGGAGGACAAGGAACAAAAGAUCAAAUCGGCUGCGGGCUGCAAAGUUCGAAUGAUAAUUGAGCAUGCAGUCGCACUCCACGAUCUACCACCGAAAUUGAGAAGUACCGGUGUAUCAAAAACUGUCCUCGAGUCGGUGAGAUUGUUCCACAAGGUGCCCAGCGCUUCGCGCCGAAACAAGGGCACGAACGAAGCCGACAUUUCAGGUCAAGAACCGAGGGGCGGAAGCACCAUUGCAAAGGCGUUGCUCAAUUUUCAUCGCACAGAGGAUAUCAAGGAAGAAGUAGGGGGGAUCUUAUGGGCCUACAAAAGAAUUUAUGAUGGUAGUUUGCUGUGGAAAGAAGGCGUUUACUUUCACGGACGCCUGAUUGCUGUCUCCAUCUUGCAGCAUUUUGUCGUCCUUCUCAUGGUGGCAUUCUUCUUGACCUAUCAGGCUAGAAUUCAAACGUUUCUGGCUGGUGUCGAAACUUGCGGUGCGAGAUGGGAAGACUUCUAUACGGUUCCUGUUGUCGAUUUAAACUGGAAUAUAUCGGAGGAUCUAUCGGAGAAUGGAAAAGUCAAUGUCUUUGUCAAUGUCUUCAAUUGGAAUGAAACACAUUUCACGCCAGAUGACGGAGAGACCUUUGUUGAGGGACAGUUCCCAAAGUAUAAUGGCUCUCACUUUCGAGUUGAUGGCGAGCUAGUGAAUACAGUUUGUUACUACGACGACAUUGCGGGUAUAGAACACGGUGGUGGUGGUGGACCGCGGAAUGAAACCAACACGACAUCUACCAACAGCAAUGGCAUUUGGGACUUUACCUCUUCGAACGUCACCGAUAGUGUUCAACAGAAUGGCCAGGAUGGUGGACUACCUGGCGGUGACCAGGGAGGUGAACCCGGCGGUGACCAGGGAGGCGGCCCUGGUGGUGUUGGGGGUGCGGAAAGUGCUCUCAUAGGAAGCUUGACAAGUGUGUUCACUGGUGAAACUGUAGAACUGGGUGGAGGAGGCCCACCCGGUGGCGAGGGAGAGGCUGAUGGGGGACCACCGCCUGGUGAUGACGGGUCUAAUGUUAUCCAUGCGUCACUGGAGCCAAAUCUUCUAGAUGAACAGCAGAGCGAAUACUUGGAUAUGCUCAACAUUGCACCAUUUGAGUAUAAAUUGUCCCUCAUCAUAGGCCUUUUAGGAGCGUUUGCGGGGACCCUUGGCAUUGCCUUGUCCUACAUACCGUCCUUUGUCUCAUCAGUCCUCAAGAUGCGGUCUGGCUACCUGCCCAGCUUGAAAGGAGAUCACGCUACCUACUUCCUAUAUCGACUUGCUCCAGACCAAACAGCAACAAUGUUUGGUCUUGCCUUCUGGGGGACUUUCUUUACAGCCGCUGCUUGUUUCAUCCUGUUUAGUCUAGUUACUUUUUUCCUGGUGUAUUCGAAAACGAGGGAUUAUGUGAUUACCUUAGUCUCGGCCGCGAUCGGCAUCAGUACUACUCUCGGGAUUAAAGUGGUCGUCAUGAUUUUCCUUCGGGGUGCCUUUUACAGUUCGUACUACCGAAAAAAGCCUGCCGCUUCAAACGUUAUGAAUGUCAUCCUUGAAUGCUGGAGUUUGGGUCUUUCGGUUGGUACAGUGGCAACACGGAUGGCGCAGCUGCUCGUUGUAACAGCAUUUUAUGUUGGAAGGAUCGACACGCCCAUGUUGGCUCCAGGGGUCGGAAACAUUGCAGGAGCGCCGUUGGAUCCAGCUCCUGUCGCGUUCAAGAAGGAUCUACUGAUACACGAAGCCCAUCGGCAUCCAUUCAUCGAACGACUAGGGUUGCUAUGCCUAUUGAAGUUACAUAAUGGCAAGGAUUUUGGGUCGCGCGCUGGAGCACAUUGGCGUUUGCUUCUCGUACUGUCUGUUUGUCCAUGGAUGAGAAACUACCGUGUUCGACCAGAUCAGAUUGACGAAGACGACUACACCGAUGACGAUGAGUUUGCGAAAAACACGACCACGAACAGGCGGAAGAGAAUGAGCGUGUUUGACAACUACGAUCCGCUUAGGUCGCGCCGAGGGCUGAACCAGGGUGGCCAACUUGUUAGCGCCCAAGAGGAAAUGGAACGGCAAUUGGAAGUAGAGUUGGCUCGCGAAGCUUAUUCGAGAGUCAAUGAUCAGAACCUUGAUCUAAGGGAAGCUUUGAAAGCUGCACGAGAAAAGCUUUUGGCUGCGAACAUUCCGUUGAAUCCUGAAAUGGAAGAGCACCACCUUCAGGUUCUCCAGGCGCCGCAGCCAAAGUCAAUCUACUGCAAUGUGACGUUAUGGUAUGAUGACAUCGUAGGCCGACUAGUCUUGACGAAGCCAGGUAUAGCAUUCUAUUCGGACGCCUUGGAGAAUGGUGUAGUCAUCCGGAUUCGGUGGAGGAAUUUUGCCAAACACGAGAGAAACAGAAUUGAAAGUCCCCAGCCACUUCUCAGGCUCUCGACAAAGGGAGGUGACUGCUAUGAGUUCCACGUCACGAACAGAACUGUUCGAGCGAGAAUUCGGCACGACAUCACACUUAGACUGCAAGAAUAUCACCAAGGCAAUCAGCGCGACUGAGUCCUGUCCGUACCGUUGGUGUCUUCAUUCGCGUCGCAUUGGGGGAACCGACAGGGAGGCUUGGUUAUUGCACAUUUAGUAUACGGAAGACAAACACAACCUACCUGUUUCCUGACCUGCUACAUUUUUACAAUUUUGCAACUAAGAAUAUAUUAGAUUUCCAUCUACUCAUGU